CUAGAUCUCCAGAAGUUUAGCCGUACUUUCCCUUCGGAAUUAAAUGAUUUAGGCGAAGUUCUGGCCGCUUUAUCUGAACAUUCUGAAUGUGCUGAAAUGAAAGCGGUUGUUAAGAAUUUUAUUAAAGGGAGAAAUACUGAAGAGUCAAGUAGCUCUAAAGAAGAGCUAGAAGUUGAUGAAAAUACUGAAGAUGUACAAGACAGUGAUGGUGAGGAUUGUAAAGAUAUUGCUAAUCAAACUGAGGAAAUAGAAUCAGGUUGGAUACAGUGUGUUAGUAACACAAGCUACACCCUGUCACACUACGAACCAGUACAGAUGAUAACUAACACUACUGAGUCAGAUAACUAUAUUGGUGUGUAUUAUACUCUAUCUGGAGAAGGUGGGAGUAGUGAGGAUAAAAUUCUGAUUUAUAGAGAUGCUAAAACCAAUCAGUGGAGUUAUGUUAUUGGGGGAUGUACUCCAGACUGCUACAAUAAACAGUUUCUAAACAAUGUACCAGCUGAUAAAUUCAAACACUGGAUAAUAACCAAAACUUCUACACACCUAAAGGUAGUGUGUAACAGAGUGACAGUUCUCAAUUUCAACUUUGCUACUGACUACACAACAGGUUCUGGGAAUAGUCACCAGAUUUGGUUGAAAAGGUGCACGAAUAUGCGACUUAGAACAUUUGAUGUUGACUUACUUAUUUUAAAUGCAGUCAGAUUGUUUCCUGUUAACAUGGUAGUAUAAUGUUCUGACUUCUAAACAAUUAUUAUUGUGGAAAUUCUUUAUUUGUUAAAGCUUUCUUGUAUAUUUACCAUAAAUUACCAAACUGAGCCUACUUCUCCGAUCUUGGUCAGUGUUUAAACAUUUUCUUUGUUUCGAUCAUUUAUAUCAAUUUGAUUAGCAAUACUUUCGUCGUGAUUAGCACAUUUACCCGUCUGGAAACUGAAUAUUAGUUGUCCGGUUCUGUCACUUACGUAUUUUUAUUUUAAGCAAAAAAUAUUAUCUUGUUUAAAUCUGUCUCUUCCUAUUAUAUCGGUACGAUAGCCUAUUAAUUUUAAAUUUUAUUGACGUGUUUCGACGCAUAGCAGCGAUUUGAAAUCAAUAAGCAUUCGGAUAUGUUUUUAAUUUUUACCUCUGUCCAUAAAAUUGUGGGAAGUCAAUUUUAAAUCGAUUUCAAUAAGUUAUUGUUUGAAAACACUGUAUCGAAAUCUAAAAUUUAUACAUGUUAAUUAUUACUUUAAAUUUGUCCAAUUCCAAAAUUGUUUCAGCAUCAUAUUAUUGACUGAUUGUAACGACCUCAAUGAGGGUCACUUUUAGUCCGUUGUAAAAUUACGCGGUAUUUGAUAAUAAUUGAUUGAAAUUAGUUUUAUCGAAAGUUCAGAAUUAAAGUAACCAGUACACAGCGAUAACAAAUAAAAGGAAAAAUCAUACAAUCAACAAAUUUAAAUUAAAUCAUUAUAAACUAACUUUAUAAACUCCUAUUAGGACAUGUCAUGCUACGAUUUCAACCCCGAGAGCUUACUAAUGGAAGAUGACGACGUCAACGUCACCCAACCAAUCUCAGACAAAGUGCUGAAAUACGAGGAGUUCGUUAACGAGGUCCUGAAGAACGACCUUAACCACGUGCUGGAGGAACGAGAUAAGAUAUACGAUGAAGUGGCGGAAUACAUGAAACUCCAGACCUCAAUAGAGCGGCUCAAAACAAUAGACAGCAGACCUAUCAAGGAGAUGAUUGAUGUUGGUUGUAACUUUUACAUGCAAGCUGAGGUUAAGAACACUGACUAUAUAUACGUUGAUGUGGGGAUGGGGCUCCACGUGCAGUUAACGUUUGAUGAAGCACUGAGGUUUUUAAAGAAGAAGAUCGAUCAGUUGACGGUUAAGUCGGAACAUUUGACUGAAAAAAGUGUUGAUAUCAAAGCAAGGAUUAAGUUGAUAAUUGGAGCGCUGGCUGAAUUACAGGGUGUUAGCGCGCAGUCUUCAAAGCCCAGGUAUGAUCCUUUUAGUUGAAUUAGCGGGAGCGAUUUUAUUUUUAUUUGUUGUGUUACUUUUUUUAAAUUCUUAGUUAAGUUAUUCAAACUGCAUUUUGGUCGAUGAUGAUGGUGAUGAUGUUUAGAUUUCUGUUUUACAGAUAUUGGUAACUAAGGGAAGGUGGUUUAACUUUUCGCUACAAAACUGAAAUUUUUUCGCUGCAAAAAUAAUUAUUCUAAGCAAUUAAGAGCUCAUAUUAUCUUAUUUUGCUUUAAAAGUCAAUACAGGUAU